CGGAAGGCAGAGCCGUGGGAGGCUCGGAAGGCAGAGCCUCGGGAGGCUCGAUAAAGGAAGAUGGAGCCGUGGAAGUCUCGAUGAAGGAGAUCUCCAGGACCAUCGAGGCUGGGGAGAACAUGGUCUCCGUUGAAGGGUGCUCGGAGACCACUGGAAUCAGAGUAGCCCCCCGAAAAUUCCUCUAGGGCUAGAGCAGGCGUGAAAGCUGGCUCUGGGAUGGACGAGGCUUCAAGAACUAGCUCGUUGACUGUGGCAGACGUGGGCAUUGGCUCGUUGACCGAAAGACCGUACUGCAAGAGUGUAGUCCUCCUCCAAGAGUGUAUUCCUCCUCCAUUGCUCCCACAGAGAAGGCUGAUCCACUAAAUAACAAUGCCAGAUCCAUAAAUUGGGCCAGGGUCCAGGGGCUUUUGCCAUAAGGCAUAAGGGACUUCACUGGUUCAUUCAAACCAUACCGGAACAUGUUCUUCAGAGCCACAUCAUUGAAGUUCACCUCUAUGGCCAAUUCACAAAAUCCUGCAACUUACUCUUCCAGCGAGUGGUCCUUUUAACGCAGCCGGAAGAGUCUUACUGAUGGGUUAAUUCUUUGUUGUGGUCUAAUCUUCCGUCAGCAAAGAGAGUGGGUUAGUGAACCCAAUUGCAGUUUUUAAUGAUGAAGAAGGCAAUCUACAAACAGAAAUAGCACAAGGCUUGAUAAAUAAAAGAACAACUUAGCUCAAUGCCACUAUGUACGAGACUAGACAAUGAGUGAGGAAACACGAGGGAAUAUAUACAGACAUGGGAAUAACAACACAAGGAACAGCUGGGAACACUGAUGGGAAACAGGUUUUCCCAGCAGUCUUUUGCAAGUCCUUCAGAGAGAGCUGCACACAGUGGAUUAACAGGGAGAAUGUUUCUGUGGGCUGGAAGCAAAGCUCAAAGACCAGGAAUUGAGAGAAGGACCAUUUAUCAGAAGAUUCGUGAGUAUGAUAUUUUGGAGAAGAGAAGGACAGUGACAGCUCUGAAGGCUGGAGAAGACAGAGCUAUUCUCUUAGGCCUUAGUAUGAUCCUUUGUUCUGCCAUGAUGUACUUUGUGUUGGGAAUCACAAUGGUGCGCUCUUACUCAGACAGUGUUUGGACAGAGGAGUCUAACUGCACAGUGCUGAAUUCUAGUAUAGUUGCUGAAAUUAAUUGUAGCUAUAGCUGUGGGUCAGAAUGCAGGAAGAGUUCCAAGUAUCCCUGUCUUCGAGUGUAUGUCAGCCUGAACUCCUCUGGCAGAGUUCUGCGGCUCUCCCACAAUGAGGAGGCCCAUGAGGCCAACCCUGAGUGUUUUUACAUACCAAAAUGUCGCAAGGAUUCUACACUGAUGCACACCAUUGUCAUGAACAUCUCAGAAAGACUUAAGACACAUCAGCAAGUGUCAUGUUACUACGACCCCUCAGAUCAGCAGGAUAGUGUUCUCCUGACACGUCUUUAUGGCCGUGGGGCCAUCAUUAGCUCCCUCCUCUGGCCCACAUGUACGCUUGUAGGGGGCACACUUAUCAUCGCUAUGGUGAAACUAACUCAGUACCUGUCCUUCCUGUGUGAGCGGAUCAGCCGCAUCAAAAGGAUGGGGCUGUACCCACUAACGGGAGCCUCGCACGCCAGGGUCUGCACUCAGAAGUAUAAUGGUGGCAUCCAGGAUGGGGUUUGAUUGUGACAACAACAUGCAGAUCCAUCGACAAACUUGAUUUCUACCUUUUCACAGCAUUAACACAUAAGACUCAAAGUGUGUUAGCUCUCAUAUGGUCUUCUUCCGAGUCCCCAUCAGUACUGUUAAUCUGUCAAUGUUGUGUUGGCAAGGCUGUAGUACUGUCGUAAAUGAGAACUUCCUGUAAUACUCAGCCCCCACUGAAGUCAGGCUCAGCAGAGUCCCUAGUGGUCACAGCUGGAAUUUCCUAACAUGAGACUGGCUAAAGUCCAAUCCCCUGAAACUCAAGGGUCAAAAUAUCUGGUCAAGUUAUGGAGUGUUAAUUACACUUGAUGACCAUUGGAUCACAGUGACUCCAUUCCAAGAAGACACCACUACUAAGUGUCUUGACCAGCUGUUACUAAUGUGGGCUAAUGACAGAACUAAAGUAAUUUGCACACACUAUUUUCAUCAACUAUGUGACUGCGGUCUUUCACUGCUUUUUGACAAACACCUGUGGAUCUCUUCUAUACCAAAGGUCAUUUGUUAAAUUACUUUACAGUGUCUCCUACUGCUGAGUUUCAUAUGAAAUCCUGUCUAGUUCUAGAAGAACACCAUUUUAGCAAACUCAGUUAAAAUUUUACAGUGAUGAAGGACAAUAUAGCUGCGUUCCAAAACCUAGUAAGCUGUCUAGCAUUUUAAGGCAGCAUAGGCACACUCCAGAUAUGACGGCAUUGUUAUGCUGCCUUCUAAGACACCUUCUUUUAGCCAUAAUUUAAGGCAGCAUUUCACGUGUUCUUUGCAGAUAAGGCAAUCUCAGCUCAUUAAACAGCUCAAUAAACAUAGGUUGAGAGAAAGGUAAGUUGUAAAUUUAUUUCAUUCCAUUGCAAAAAGUAUUCAUGAAAAUAGUCCAAUACCUAAUAUUUGUGCAUGCUAUGUAUUUUUAUUAUUAAAAGAAUAUCACGUUGUUAGCUGAGCAACAUGCUAACGUCAAAUUCUGUUGCAAUCAAUUGUGUCAAGUCUCGCAUGCAUGAGAAACACUAUUUGUGUAUCACAUGAAGUUGCUACUUAUGUUAAGUGUUCAAAAUCAGUCACUUAUGAUACAAGGUGCUUUCUUAGAAGACAGUUGCCUAUGUAGGCAAUAAACAGCACAGCAGCUCGCUAGGUUUUGCAACAGAGCUUAUAAGUUUACCUAAAUUGAUUUUAGAUGUAAGUUAUAGUGAAUGCAUAAAGACAGUGAUAGCCCUCCUACAUAAUUUUUCAGCUGACAUUAUUCUUUGAAUACAUUCAAAACAUAAUAACAAUCAAGUGCACCUGUGUCUGUGAUAAACAUUUCUGAUUGUCCUGUCAUAUCAAGGUUUUUCUAUUAUUUAUAUGUCCUGUAAUGCAAACGUAAAGCUUUUCAGUUUGUGUGGACAUUUGGUGAUUGUUCAACAGAUCUAUAUAAAUAUGACAUCAAUUUGUAUGCCACCUUGGAAGGCUAAUUUGCCAUGGGUUCCCUCUGGAAUUUUUGACUAAUUGAAAAAGUUUUUGAUUUAUGCGUACAAUAUGCAUUCAUAACUAAUUUAACAGCAAGGUCCUCUCUUUCAGGAUUUCAUGUUAAUUUUUAGUGCAUUUUGCCAACUUUAAACUGGAGAGCAAUGACCUAUUAAAGGGAUCCCAUUGAACUUUAAA